AUGGAGGAGUGGAACAUCAUACCAACAUGGUCCAAUUCGGCUCCACCUAGAGACAGAGCUAGACAGAAGGACUAUUUAAGGCUUGCCAAACGCAACAAGAGAAUAAUAGUGCAACGAAAGAAUGAGAUACCAAUUAAGAUGCCCGGAAAUGACAAGCCCUUGGCAAGUAUUAUAGAAGGCAUGUGUUAUUCUGUUGGAAAGAGCGGCAGACCAACGUUGGAGCUAACUUGCACCUUCAUAAAAAACAAGGAUCACACACAGGUACUUCCAGAGACCAGUUCUGCCAAAAAAGGGAAAAAUCUAGAGGCAGAUUCUCAGGCACAUACAACAUAUCAACCAGAAGAGCAGACGAAGGCAGAAUCUCCAAGCAAACCUUCUAUCCAUCCUGCCUCAUCCUCAGUCAAUCAGCCAAAACCUUCACAGUCACAAGAUCAAUCUGAACAUGUUUCAGUAGAGGGACAAGAGGAUUGGAUUGAAGAAUAUGAAGAGGAACAGUUAGAUUACAAACCAUCUACAGAUGACCAGACUAGACUCCUCGGAACAGGUGAAUAA